CUGCCCCGCUCUCGCUCCCUGCUUGGGCACGGCGGCCUGGUGGUUUGUGGGACUCUGCUGCUUUCCACUCAUCAUUUCUCAGCCGGCUCUUGGUUGUGGUUCAUCCGCCAGCUGGGGAGUCCCCACGGCCAACCCUCUGACCGUGUCUUUUGGUCUUAGAGUUUUACAAACCGGUCCCUCUGCGGACGAUGCCUUGUCCAACCCAGAGGGGCACCUCAGCAAGGCAAAGGGAUGGUGUUUUAACGCCUUGGUGGAGCUCUCUUUCUUUAUCACAGGGUUGUUUCACUCUGCCUCUUGUCACUUUGUGGCAUCCCGUCCUCUCCCAGGAGCUGCCAUCUCCACACCUUGCUCACAGCGUGCCCAGCUGAUGUGUGACGGACCCAGACCCCACCAGGGAACAACCUUGAGCCCAGGGAUGCCCGGCUUACACUCCUAACCCCAAAUCUGGCCCUGCGAAGUGAUCUUUGGCAAUGCAGGCAUUGAGCUGUGCGGCAGGAGCAUCCUUCCUCCAGAGACACCAUGAUUCCUGGUAACCGAAUGCUGAUGGUCAUCCUACUAUGCCAAGUCCUGCUAGGAGGUACCAACCAUGCUAGCCUGAUACCCGAGACCGGCAGGAAGAAAGUCGCCGAGCUUCAGGGACAACAAGCCGGAUCCGGACGCCGCUCUGCCCAAAGCCAUGAACUCUUGCGGGGUUUCGAAACAACUCUGCUGCAGAUGUUUGGGCUGCGAAGGCGGCCUCAGCCCAGCAAGUCAGCCGUCAUCCCUACUUACAUGCUGGAUCUCUACCGGCUCCAGUCCGGGGAAGAGGAGGAAAGCCUCCAGGAAAUUAGCCUGCAGUACCCCGAGAGAUCGACCAGCCGGGCAAACACCGUGAGGAGUUUCCACCAUGAAGAGCACCUGGAGACCGUCCCGGGCCCCAGCGAGGCUCCCUGGAUCCGUUUCGUCUUCAACCUCAGCAGCGUGCCGGAAAACGAGGUGAUCUCCUCGGCGGAGCUGCGGCUGUACCGGGAGCAGGUGGAGGAGCCGAGCGCGGCGUGGGAGAGGGGCUUCCACCGGAUAAACAUUUACGAAGUGAUGAAGCCGCUGUCGGAGCGCGCCCAGGCCAUUACGCGCCUGUUGGACACGCGGCUGGUGCACCACAACGUGACGCGCUGGGAGACCUUUGAUGUGAGCCCGGCCGUGAUCCGGUGGACCAAGGACAAGCAGCCGAACCACGGGCUGGUGAUCGAGGUGACCCACCUCCACCACGCACAGACUCAUCAGGGCAAACACGUCAGGAUUAGCCGAUCUUUACCUCAAGGGCGCGGGGACUGGGCUCAGCUCAGGCCGCUCCUGGUCACUUUUGGGCACGACGGGCGAGGCCACGCGCUGACCCGCAGAGCCCGCCGGAGCCCCAAGCACCAGCGUUCCCGCAAGAACAAAAAAAACUGCCGCCGCCAUGCCCUCUAUGUGGAUUUCAGCGACGUGGGCUGGAACGACUGGAUCGUGGCUCCCCCGGGCUACCAGGCGUUUUACUGCCACGGGGACUGCCCCUUCCCUCUGGCCGACCACCUCAACUCCACCAACCACGCCAUUGUGCAGACGCUGGUCAACUCCGUCAACUCCAGCAUCCCCAAGGCCUGCUGCGUGCCCACGGAGCUGAGCGCCAUCUCCAUGCUCUACCUGGAUGAGUAUGACAAGGUGGUCCUGAAAAACUACCAGGAGAUGGUGGUGGAGGGGUGCGGGUGCCGCUGACCCCCCUCCCCUUCCCCGCCGCCCUCUCCUCCCCUUCUCUCUCCCUCCCGUCCCACCCCAGAACUGCUUGCUAUAGCUGGACUCUUUUUUUUUUUUCUCUAAACUAAACGUUCACCUUGACCUUAUUUAUGACUUUAUGUGCAAAUGUUUUUGACAAUAAUGAUCAUAUAUUUUGACAAAAUAUAUUUAUAACUACAUAUUAAAAGAAAAAAAUAAAAUGAGUCAUUAUUUUAAAGGUAAA